AUGUCAGAAGGUAUAGAGCUACGCAAUCUUAAAGGCAAGGCUCCCACGCCUCCUCCGAGACAUCCCGACAUACAAGCGCAGGGCGGGCUGGGCAAGGCGUACAGGCUGGCAGAGGAGAAGGCGAAGGCGGCGGUGCAUCUCCAGGAAGGAGGGUUGGACGUUACGAGUGUCUGGGGCUGUGGGACUGCUAUAUGGUUCACUGUCCUCGCCACACCUCUCCUCCUCUUCCCCCGGCUCCUCCUCUUUUUUGCUCAAGUCGCACCCGCCACCACCCUCUCCACAUCUCAGCGCGAGGAGCACUACGACACCCUCACGCCCCUCGAAUCCUUCCUUUGCCACACCAUCGGGUUCGGUCUCCUUUCCAUCGCACUCAUCGUCCUCUUUGGUCUGAUCCCGCACUACGCGCCUCCGGCUACCAACGCUACGCGUACACCGAUACUCUACGUCCUGGUGGGUCUGACGACGGUCAUGGCGGCGGUAUCGUACAAUACUGGGUCGAUUGGUGCCCUGGGCAAGGUGGUUGGCGUGGGGAAUGGGGUGGUGGCUAUCUGGGGAUGGUGGGUGGUAGUGUUUGGGAAUGUCAAGCUCAAGCAGAGGGGGUCGAAGGUACCAGCGAGGCUUAGGAAGUUGUAA